CUGCCUUCCCCAGGGCGAGCAUUUGUGAGGGUGCUCCGAGGUAGUGAUAUAAUGGAGUCGGCAGUAAGUAGCAAUCGCUGUGUAACCAGGAUAGGAGUAUGUUGCUUCUUCAACCUCGCCGUUCUUUCGCAGGUACUACUGUCGAUGACGCUGUUCCUGGCGGCCGGCUGCAACGGAAAGCUCGACCGUGACGCCCAGGACUUCGAAGGAUACCCGGUAUCCAGGUCUUCAGCGGCACCUCCUUCCUUGUCCUCCGUUUAUCCAAGUGGAAUUCUAGGAAACCCCUAUAUUAGCCCUGAUGAAGAAAGCAAAGAAGCAAUCAUUGGAUACAAACCUCAGGGAAACUUACGGAAAAGUUUUUCAUAUGUUCAAACGAAAAAGCCAAGAGAAAGAGCACGUUAUGAAGCACUCAAAUCAAAUAUAAAUGAACCAUUUAAUACUUAUAAUCCACAGAACAAAACAUCAUUUGAGAUACAAACAGAUAAAAACAGAGGGCGUGAUAAUUAUUCGACAACCACUGAAAAAAGCAAAUCUGAGGUAGAUGAAACUUCCACAAAAAGAUCUGUAUCUGGUCCAAAUGUGGAAGGACAACAACCUUAUCGCCAUUGGUCUACAGAAUCAAAUGUCAUUAGGGAAGAACAUCCUGAUGGAUUAUAUCAAUCCUACCCUUAUAUUACUCCUGCUUACCCAAGACAUGAGACUGACUAUUCAGGAGGUAGUAUGAAUAAAGUAUUUGAGGUAUCAACUGAAGGUUAUAAUCAUGAGAGUGUAAACCAGCAAAAGCAACUAUUUAAACCUAAUAUAAAUUAUGAUCAUCUAGCUAUUAUUCCAGCCACUACUUACCGCCCAUCAACAACAUACCGGCCAGCAACUACAUAUCGGCCAGCAACUACAUACCGGCCAGCAACAAGAGAUGGUUAUUCAUUUUCAUUUGCAUCAAAAAAUCAUUCACGACAUGAAACUGGUGACACUUUGGGAAAUUUUAGGGGUUCUAUUAAGUAUGUUAAUACUUAUGGAGGAAGCAAACAGAUUGACUAUGAAGGAAAUCCUAGUAUAGGAAUCACAACCAGUGAAAGUACUCCAGUUGUAAAUAUCCCAGCUAGGUCAGGGCAACGAUAUAUCACACCUAGUACUUCAAGGCCAUUUGUCACAACUAGGAAUGGCUUGACAUACUCCUACAGCAGUCCAGCAACAGGAUAUCAGUAUUCACCCAGCACUUCAACUACUACACAAAUUCCAUUUUCCAGUACACCCCAAUCCGAAUUAACUUAUAGAAGAGGAAAAACUGUUUAUCAACCACCUCAAUUUUAUGUACAACCUGUUCAAACAUAUGAUUAUAUUGCUCCUAGCCUUGGUGAUCCAUAUAUGUAUUACACAGAAUCACCUCAAUACGUUCAACUUUCACCAGAAUAUGGUGCAUACACAUUUACUUACAAUGCAGGAGAUCAUGAAAGGACAGAAAGUCGUGACAGUCAGGGAAAUGUACACGGAAUGUUUAGUUUUGAUGGUACAGAUGGAGAAAGAAAACAAGUAAAUUAUGAAGCUAAUUCUGAAAAAGGAUUUGUUGCUCAAGGUCAACACCUACCUGUGCAAACAAAAGAUUUUAUAGGCUCACAAGAUACUUAUCAACAAUCAACAAAAAGCACAGAAAAUGAUCAUCCUUCUCCUGGAACAUAUUUCUUUUCAUAUAAUGCAGGAGAACAUAUGAGAGAAGAGCAUAAAGAUGAGCAAGGAAAUAUUCAUGGUAUGUAUAGGUAUAUGGCUGGAGAUGGUAAAAUAAAAACUGUGAAGUAUCGAGCCAGUGCAAGUGAAGGCUUUGUUGCAACAGGAGAUGACAUUCCUAACGCACAAAAUGGAUAUUCAUAUUCAUACACUAUUGGAAAUCAACCUGGUUCAGGGAAUAGGUAUCAGCCCGAAACACUAACCAGGUGACCAAAAAAAUAAAUGAAGUAAAAGCAUCUGUUUUACCAAAUCAAUAAACAAUUGAUAAUUUUAUAUAACUAAAAUAACAUUCAUAAAGGUAAUUCAGUCCUUUAAAUGAACUGUUUAAAGUUUUAUUUAAAUGGUUAAUAUAUGACAACAAUAGAGAGAUAAUUCUCUCUGUAUGUAAAUGUAUCUAAAGCUGAUUCUAUGAAAGCUUUAGAAAUGAACUAAUUGUUUCUUUAUUGAAGCAUGUUAAUAACAUGUAUAUAAAUGAUGUACAUACUAGUUUAUUUUAAAAAAUUAACAAUGUUACGCUUUUUUAAUAAAGAUUAUUUAUGUAUGAAUAUCAUAUUUCCAAUAAUUAUAUGAUAAAUUCUGAUUACUUAUUUUUUCAUUUCCAAUAUUAGCAUUAAAAUAUAUAUCAUCUUCAGAAAUAUGUUUUUCAAAUGAAAUUUAAUAUCACAAGAAAAUCAUAUAUGACUGUUACAAGCAUUCGAGUAAUACAGAUAUGUUAUUGUAUUUCUAUGGAACAUGGUUGCUGAUAUGCAGUGCCGGCCUUAGACAUUCGGCGCCUCUGGGCUAUGAUGUCAUCCUCCCUACCUCCCUGCAAAUUUAAAUUUAU